GUGAAGUGAAGGAUGGAUCUGUCUGUGUUUCUCUCCUUAGGCUGCCUGAUGCUGCAGUUCGCUGAUGGGGCACUAGAUUACAUCUCUCAGGGGCAGGGGAUGCGGCUACAGGGUGACUUCAACAUCGCUGGACUCUUUCCUCUCCAUUACACAGACAGACCAAGUGGAGGUUUGCCUGCUUUGGGUCCAUGCAAUGUAGGUUCACAUAACAAACACGGAUAUCACCUUUUACAAGCCAUGAGAUUUGCUGUGGAAGAAAUCAACAACAGCAGCAGACCACAGCCUCUUUUACCAGGGGUGAAGCUGGGCUACCAGCUGUACGACAUCUGCUCAGUACCAGCCAGCGUCCUGGCCACACUGGACCUGCUGAAGCAGCAGCAUUGGAGCCCUUCUACAUCUGACACAGAGGGAGACACAAACUGCAACAGUCAAAAGGCAGUGGCUGUGAUUGGACCAGACAGCAGCAGCAAAUCUUUUACCCCGGCUGCUUUACUAGGGGCCUAUCUUGUACCACAAAUAUCUUAUGAAGCAUCAAAUGAAAUGCUGAGCAACAAGUUCCUGUAUCCAGCCUUUCUCCGCACAAUUCCCAGUGACAAGAACCAGGUGGAAGCUAUGAUCCAGCUUCUGGUUCGGUUCAACUGGACCUGGAUCGCUCUCUUAGGCAGUGACAAUGCCUACGGCCUGGAGGGCAUGAAGAGCCUGUCCCAGCAAGCCCCACAGCAUGGCAUCUGCAUCGCCUACCAAGGCGUCAUUCCCUCUCACAGCAGUGACACAAUCCAGACCAUGAGGAACAUGGUGGGAAGCAUAUUGAGGACCAAAGUCAACACCAUUGUGGUCUUCUCCAGCAAGUCAAAACUCAGUGGCUUCUUCCCGUAUGUCGUUGAGCGGAACGUGACAGGUAAGGUGUGGAUUGGGACAGAGGACUGGUCAGUGGCUUCUCUCAUAUCAAGCAUACCAAGGAUUCACACCAUCGGCACUGUGAUCGGCAUAUCCAUCAAGAACGCAGUCCUAUCUGGUUUUGAGGAGUUUGAGAGAAAAGUAGUUGAGGCUUCAAUGCAACACAAUGACACGCAGGACAUUAUUAAUGCUACCAUGAGCUCAGGUAAUGACUGUCUACAGAGCACAGACCUGUACAGCCUCGCCAAGAAUGAGUUUUCUCUGGAGAAAUAUGACAUCACCUCCUCCUUCAAUGUGUAUAAGGCUGUGUAUGCCGUGGCUCAUGCUCUGCACAAAGCACUUGGUUGUGAUUCUGGACAGUGCCGAAAAGGGAGGGUGUAUCCAUGGGAGCUGCUCUCGUUGCUUAAGAAGGUACGAUUCUCUCUGGCCAACACCUCCGUGUACUUCGAUGUGAAUGGUGACCCUCCCACAGGAUAUGACAUCGUUUCCUGGGUUUGGAGGGGGACUGAGUGGUCACUCAGAACGGUGGGCUCCUUCAGCCCAGAUCCCAUCACGCUCACAGUUGAUGCUGAUCAUAUUGAGUGGCACAACACGGGAGAUUCAAUAAAGGUGCCGCAGUCCAUCUGCUCUCCACCUUGUCCGAAAGGCCACAGGAAGCUGCUGACAGGGCAACACGCGUGCUGCUUUGACUGCAUAGCCUGCCCCGCUGCAACAUUUCUCAAUAUAAGUGAGUCCACUACAUGCGAGCAGUGUCUGCCAGAGGAGUGGGCCCCUCCAAGCAGCGAGGAGUGUCAAAACAGGACCGUCCUGCUGCUCGCCUGGGACGCCCCCCUCUCCAUCGCCCUGCUCUUCUUUCUUGCCACCUGUCUUCUCAUGACCUCCAGCUCUGCAGUAAUCCUCCUGCUCAACCUGAACACGCCCGUGGCCAAGUCUGCCGGAGGCCGCACCUGCCUCCUGAUGUUGGCAGCCCUGACUGCUGCUGCCAUGAGCUCUUUGUGCCAUUUUGGCCAGCCGUCUCCUCUGGCCUGCAUCCUCAAGCAGCCUCUUUUCAUCUUCAGCUUCACUGUGUGCCUGGCCUGCAUCACUGUGCGCUCCCUCCAGGUCGUCUGCAUUUUUAAAUUUGCAUCCAAGCUGCCGCCGGCAUAUGACAAGUGGGCCAAAAAAAAAGGACCAGAGAUUACCAUUUUCCUGGUGUCCGUCACUGUCUUGAUCAUUUCUGUGAUCCGUGUGGUCGUCAAUACUCCCCAGCCGUCCCAGGAUCUUCACUUCUACCCGGACAGCAUUGUGCUGGAGUGUAGCAACAUGCUUUCACCUGGUGCAGGUAUUGAGCUAGCUUUUGUGUCACUGCUCAGCGUCCUCUGCUUCUCUUUCAGCUACAUGGGAAAAGACCUGCCAGCAAACUACAACGAGGCCAAGUGUGUGACCUUCAGCCUCAUGGUGUACAUGAUCUCCUGGAUGACCUUCUUCACCGUCUACCUCAUCAGCAGAGGCCCGAUCACCAUGGCUGCACACGUGUUCGCCACCCUCUUCAGCGUCCUGGCCUUCUUCGGGGGCUACUUCCUGCCCAAAGUAUAUAUUAUUGUCCUGAAACCGCAAAUGAACACCACUGCCCAUUUUCAGAACUGUAUUCAAAUGUAUACCAUGAGCCAACAAUGA